UGCCCCCUAAACAGAAUGAACUAUUCCAUUUCAUUUGCGGCAUUUGGUACACAUUGCGGAAGUCGCGCAUGUUGCUUUCGUGAACUUCAGAGAAAAUUUGCGCGAUUAUUUCGUCGCUAAGAACCCAAUUUUUCUAACAAAUCUCGCAUUUUCCUGAGCAUAGUCUUCGGCAUACUGUCAAGACGUCCAAGAUUCGGUAGGUGUGGAGUUUUUAGCUACGUAUCGUAAGUAGUGUGCCCCCCUCCCCUCCUUACCAUGUCCGUAUCUGCGAGCUCCGAAACUCACAAACUCGAAGAACUUACCAGAGAAGAACUUAUCGCAAAAGUAAGACAACUCGAAGAUGCCGUCACAAAGUUAGAAGAAAGUACAAAAAACACAACCGAGCAGUUGACAACACAGAAGAAACAGCGCAGACAAAAACCGCAGAGAAAUUUCGACUUCACGAAAUACAACACGAGACACGUGGCUUUGAAGGUUGCUUACCUGGGAUGGAGUUACGACGGGUUUCAAAGUCAGGAGACAACGGACAACACCAUAGAGGCUCGACUGUUUGAAGCACUGACCAAGACAAGACUGAUAGAGAAGAGACAGUCGUCUAACUACCACCGAUGUGGUCGCACGGACAAGGGAGUGUCAGCAUUCGGCCAGGUGAUCUCGCUGGACUUACGGACCAAUCUGACAGAUGGCGCUGGUGUCAUCCCCAGACCUGAGGGAACAGCCAACCACAGGGAAGGAGACAAAACUACAGAGAUCAAAUAUGUCUACAUCCUCAACAAGGUCCUUCCACCAGACAUCAGGGUCCUAGCCUGGGCGCCUGUAGACCCAGACUUCAGUGCCAGGUUCAGCUGUCAACAGAGGACCUACAAGUACUUCUUCCCUAAAGGAAACCUGGACAUACAGAGCAUGCAUCUUGCUGGGCAGAAGUUGGUGGGAGAACAUGACUUCAGGAACUUCUGUAAGAUGGACGUGGCCAACAGAGUCGUCACUUUUAUCAGGAGGAUCAUAUCCACACAUGUGUGUGUGACAGGUGAAGAGACAGGUGGUUACCAGAUGUGUGAGUUCCAGGUGGUCGGCAAUGCAUUCCUGUGGCACCAGGUACGAUCGUACGACACUCGGACGUUGUAG